GACAAACUCUAUCAAUGGAUUCGGAGGCAACAAGAGGGAGGAUCAAGAGUGACCACAAUUGACAUACUCACCUACCUUCAGAGUGAGCUGGACUAUUAUGGAGAGGAGCCAUCAAUGUCACCCAGAGCACCUCUCCAAAAUCAGCAUUCACAACCCAUUAUGCAUGGCACAAACUUGGGCUUCCUGGUGUCUCCUGGCUCGUCUGGUGCACCAGCUGCUGCGCAGGGGUUGCGGUCUGAGCACUGCGACCAGCAGUCUAAGAAUUAUGUUUUCUCAAAUGCUCUGUCAAGCCCUGUUCGUCGGAGUCUUCAGAGCUAUACUAUUAGUGAGGGGGCGGCAGCUAUAACAGUGUUCAGCCCUCUUCAAAUGGAAUGA